UCUCUAAUAGUUGGAUCAAAAAGAUCAAUGGAGCACUUGACAUCUUUUGGUUUUUAUGCAAUACUCAUCGAAUCCUUUAAGCUUCUUCCUAAAAAUGGGAAGCUCACUAUGCUCAUAGCAAUUUUCUCUAUUGUUAUGCAUUCGAUUCUUUCUUUCUUGCUCUUUUAUUGUAUUGAUUUCUUGAUAUCCGAUAUACUUGUUCAUCUUAUGCCCGAUCCUACUUCUUUCGAUCCUAACAACCCUACCACAUUUGCGCCCAAAACAAACUCGAAUUUCCCCCUACUAAACCCUAGUUUCAAAAAAGAUUUAUCGUUCGUUCUAAUAGUUGAAAUUGCCUAUAUUGUUGCAACCUUAAUGGUCGCCUUCUUGUCGGGGAUUUCAAUAAUCAUAGUUUCAAUUGCUUCCUACUCCGCCAAGUCAUUAUCGCUCAAAGAAUUGCUCGGUUGCAUACGGAGGACAUGGACAAGGCCUCUUAUUACAACCUUGUACAUAUGGUUGCUUACAUUUUCUUGUCUUGUCUUUACAUCUAUGCUCAUCUCUCCUCUCUUGAUCUAUAACACUCCCCCUACGAUUAUGGUAGCAAUUGUAUUUGGGAUCGGUGCUUAUAUAUUUUUAUUAUAUCUUAAUGUCCCAUGGCUUUUAGCCAUCGUGAUUUCAGUAGCAGAAGAGAAUUAUUCGGGACUUGAAGCUUUAGGAAAGGCUUCAACAUUGAUUAAGGGCAAAAGGGUGCAUGGUUUCUUGAUCAAUGUUUCGUAUUGUGUUUUCUCUAUGGUUGUUGUCGGUGGUUGCAAAAUGAUUUUAUUACGGAACCGGUGGCUAUCGCAUCAUGUGAUGGUUUAUACAUUUUUUGUCGCGCUUUUGUUGCAUUUGACAACAUUGCUAGCGAUUGUGGCGUAUACAGUAUUGUAUAUUCGUAUCAAGAAGAUCGAUGGCGAAGAUGUAGAGCUAUCUGGGAGUAUUUUAUAUGCGAAACUACCAACUAUACAACCAUAUUCUACGGACUAAUGUUUCUUUUGUUUUAGUUUAGAAAAGUUUGAUUCAAAUUUUGUAUUUAAAUAUGUUUAAUGGAAUAUUUUGUAAGAAAAA